UCCGAAUGCAUCCGUGUGUAAAUCCCGAGGCAACUCCAUAUGACGUCAUCUUCAUAUCGGAUUCGGGAUUGAUAACGGAUCUUGUCUCAAAAGAAUCCGAACCCGUUAAGGAGUUUCAAAUCUGUGGAUCGAUCAUCCCUCGCUUUUUCUCUCGAGACGAAGCUCCAACACCCCAUUUUUCCAGUGCUAGGGUUAGGGUUAGGGUUAGGGUUUUUGGUUCUCUCGCUGGUGAUGGAUCUCUCGCCGGAGACCGAUGAGUACAUCCGUGAAUCCAUUGAGGACUCUGUCGGCCUCCCCAUCCCUGCUCGGACUCUCCGCCUCAAACUCAUCGCCUCCGAGGAUGAGCGCCACCGCCUGCAGGACCAUAUUUUUCUCCUCGGUGAUCGCCUUGAAGAUGCUGAGCGGCGGCUGGAGGAGUGCCGGGUGGAGGCGAGUAUGAAUGCACUGGAGCUGAGGAAGUGCAUCGAGGAGAAGGCAGCGAUGAUCUCGGAACAUCGGGCAUUGACCGAACAUUGCGCCUGUCUGGAAGAAGAGUGCUUGCGGUAUGAGCGGGAUCUCAAGAGGCUUAUGGAGGCUUGUGAUGAGUUGGGAAAGGAGAACGAUGCUCUCCAAGAAUGUCUUCUGGAUAACUCGGUUGUGAGAUUAGUGGAUGAAAUUGGGUUACUGAAACAGGAUAAGCAACAAAUGAGGAUCAAUCUUUGCAGAGCUGAAGACGAGGUUAAGGCACUCUUUGAGGAAAAUAAACUCCUGGACCAAGAGAAUAGGAGGUUGUUGGCGCAGUUAAAAAGAAAGACAGCACCAAGAAACUGAUGACCAACAUUCUGCUGGUGCUUCUGUUGAGGGAAAGCCAAAAUCAACAUUAAAGGGAGGAGGCAACCCUGAACAAGCUCCGGAUCCUCAAAAUAAAGGUACACCUAGAAAACCAUUGUCUCCCCUGCAGCAUAAUUAAUUGGCCCGUUGAUAAGAAAUUAGAGACGCAAAUGACUGUUAUCCAGUUUCCAACCCAGUGCUUGUACAUGUUAAUGCCCUGUUUUUCUGAGUUUCUAUACUACAGGGCACAAUAGAAGCAUUUGUAGCUAAUAUCAUAUCCCAACUUGCU